AUGCAAAUAGUUGAUAUGCUCCAAGCUGAAAUCCAUGCAGCUUUUUCUAGAAUAACUGCAUCGAUUUCUACUUUUCGAACUGUAGCUGGGAAAGUAUCUGCUACCACCCCCACUCAAGAAUUGCUACGCAACAAACGUCAACUAAUCAUCCUGCUUGAAGAAGUCGACCACAACGUCAAAAAGAUCGAUAUCAAUCGCAACACUCUGAUUGAUUUGAAGUUCAAUGACUGGUCCAUGAAACUUGUUGACCAGUACGAUCUUGCUCAAAGGCGUUUAUUCAAAAUGAAGGACAUCAUCAGACAAUUGGAUGACAACAUCGAGAUUAGUGAUGACAAGCAUGAUUCUUCAGACACAAUUACCAUCAAAGAAGAAUGCAAUAUUAAGACCGAAUGUCCCGACGAUAGUUGUCCGAGGGGCCCUCAACCUAAUGAAGUAACUUCACAAACCAACUCGAACAACGUGUCUUCUAGUAGCCUAGUCGGAACAAAAGCUCUUAAUGAAGAAUCAGCUGAACAAGAGAACAAAAAAAAUAGUGGAGUGGCGAUAUCGCUUCCAAAAACUGCAGAUAAAACUAAGAAUAAGGCAGUCAAAAACUCCCCAGAAAAACGCAGAAGACAUAAAAUAAGUGACUCCCAGAAUAAAUCAGAAGAGGUUAAAGCAUCUUCCCGUUCGUCAGAAAAGCACAGUCGUUCGCACAGAACUUCAAGCUCGCCUCUCAAGAAAAGGAACAAAGUUGUUGAGCUGAAAAAAGAAAAACCGCUAGUGAUUCCAACAGAGCGUCUGCCCCUUGCUCAAGCUAUUUCGCCACUCGAAGAGAAUCCCCCUCGCCUUUUCGAUCCUCGAAGUAAAUCGUACCAGAGAUGGAAGCAGGCAGAAAAUAACGUUAAUAAUCAAAUGAAAAACGUCAGCUUCAAAAGCUACUCGAUUCCUGAUGAUCUGGGUCGUUUCAAAACUGAUUUUCACAAACGAUCCGACGAAUCAGCGAGUGACAUGUCAAAGCACGCCCCACCUACCGUAACUGCGAUAGUUGAGAACAGUGGAGCCAGUUUUGCAGCUGUUGCAAAAAAAGAGAAGGCAGCCGUCUCGAGCGGAGAUAAAUUAGUCUAUAACUUAUCAAAUCCGACAAAUCCUUCUAUUCCAAUCAAUCCAGCAGAUACCAGCUCUAACAUAAUUCAAUCUAAGACCACUGCUGGAAUUAAAUCAUCUUUUUACCGUCAACUAAACAAUGAAUGUUCUACAUCUCAACAACAACAGACGGACUCAGUGGAAAAUGUGGAAACUAGCUUACCCAAGGACGAUGAUUCAGAUAUUGAGUCAUCUUUGAUGGAAAAGUUCUACGUUCACUCGAAAGCUCAAAUCUAUAGUUUCCAGUUGAAAAUUAUAGAUAUUCAAUGCAGGCUACACACUGAAUCAAAAAAAAAUGAGAACUUGGAUAUUCUGAAAAAGGAAGGCUUGACUCUUGUGAAGUUCUAUUCAUGGGCAGGCAACGAAAUCAUGAAAGUGUGCGAGUUCUGUGCCGAAAGAAAAGAUUCUUACGAAGUACUCGCCGCGAAGAUGGAAUCAAAGAAUCUGAGGUUCUUGAAAGUUUUGAUACAACUGAUCGACGAGCUCACCGAAUUAUCGGAAACCUCCUGCAUCGUCUAUAAGACUGUCACGAAGAGUAUUGACGAAAAGAUCGAAGUUCUUGUUCCUUAUGAGAAAUACAUCUUAUUUGAGAGAUUGGCAGUGAUGCAAGGAGCAGAAGAUUUUAUUCGUAGUGAAAUUGUGGCUGAAGGUCACGAAAGAUUCAAAAUGUCAGCGAAGGAGUACGACGAAAUACAAAAUAAUGAAAAUACCAUUCUCCCAUCAAUGUCCGAGUACAUUAGAAGAAUUGCUUUAGACAGCGCAUUCAAUUCUAAUACCAGCAAUAUAAUGGAAACCGGACAAGUAUUUCCUGCGCUCUAUCUCGAAAGUUACCGUAUACUUUCUGAAUACGAGAAGAACACUACGGAGACCACGUUCGAGGAAGGCCUUAAUGAUUUCAAGAGGAGAUUCAGCUCUUGGGCAUAUGCCCAACGAGCUAAGUUUGCCGAUAAACCAGCUAAAGAUUGGGAUGCUAUUUUGAGAGAAAAUUCCAAAGAUUUACUGAAGUAUUUUCGUGGAAAUCCCAAUACAACGAGCAUUUCUUUGAAGAAACACCUUGAAAUGGAACCGAAGAACAUCAGCUGCGCCGAGAAAAUUGCACAUGCAUUAAAAAAGGAUUUCGAUACUGGGAAGAUUUCUAAUCAGCAAGGAAGCAAUUUAUCUGAGAACGAUUCUAUUGGAGCUGCAGAAAGCGAGAAUAGACUUAAUGACUAUGAAAUCGAAGUAGCCCAUGAAGUUGAAGUUGAAGACUUUUCUUCGAUUCGCGACUGUAAUAAUGAAGAGUCAGAUGCAGAAGCUACUCUUGUUGAUCAAGAAGAAACUUCACCAUCUUACACCACAGAUGAUUUGGACAGCGAUGAUGUGCCUCAGCCUCGUGUUCUUCCUUUCCGAAAUGCCAGAGUCAUAACCAACAAAACACCUCUUUUCUCUGCCAACUCUCUACUGACCGAAGAUGAUAUUGAUUGUGGAACAGCAGCCUCACCGAUCCCAAAAAGAAUUGACCCGCCUACUGACUUAGGAUUGAAACCACGAAAAAUCACCAAGCUUUCAGAGUUUAAUACUUGGUUACAAACUAGACCAGCAGCAGCAAGCAAUAUUCUAACGAUACCAACUAUUGGAAUGGCGACCGAUAACCAGAAAACUAUCCAGAAGCAAUAG